ACGGCCUCAGCUCGUUCGAUUCCUCGCUGUCCUUCAAGGAUCUUACUGCCGCGGCGCCCCUGAAAAGCUAGGCCCGCGAUCUCUCACACUCCGAGUUGUUCUGCAAUCCUCGCGAGGAUUCACAUUCCUGGUAGAGCGGGAUAUAAAGAGCGCUCUACCGCCGACCCCUGUCGCCAUCCAAUCUGCCGGGUUCUUCUGGACCCUUGCUGAUCCGACAUCGGAAAAGGAGCAGUACAUUACAUUCCUCUCGUCCAGAAGCUGGUAGCAAAGGCUGCGUGACCGCACCGAUGGACAACAGGACAAUCAACAGGCCUUUCUCGUACCUGCGGCCGAACACGCCCAUGCCGAUCCGGAACUUCGAACGCGCCGUGCUGCCCAGUGGCCAGCGCUUGCCCGAGCCAGGGUGCGCGGUCGGGGCCGAGAUCACGCCAGGCGAGGCGAGAGCCACCGUGCCCAGUGCGCAGUGCAUCGCGAGUCCUCCUCACUCGCCCGUCGACAAUGGCGUGGCCGCCGCGCCGCAGACAGCUGGAAUUCGAGUUGCGAAUGUCCCGUCCACCAAGACCUCCCCCAUCGGGACUGCGCCUUCGAAAGUUGCGCGGCCGCUCAGUGACUUGAAGACGGGCCGUGCUGCCGCCCUUGCGGAGAACUUCGGCGCGAGUAAAGUGCCGCCAGUCGGCAGCACUUCGACUCUGAGGUCGUUGAGCGGAUCGUCCAGCUCCUCUUCGUCAAGCGAAGGUGAUUCGGACGACGGCGAAGACGACGACGACGGUGCGGAGAGGAGCACCGGGAGGACCGCGGCCAGGUCCCAGGACGCCCUGCGGUAUACCGGCAGGAGCUGGGUCCCCCUCAUUUUCACAAAGUGGAAGGACCUCAGUGUGAAAGAGAUAAGCGCGCAGACUUUAAUGCUGGCCGUCGUCUCAGCGCUGAUCAUCAGCUACGUGGCGAUGAUGGUCGUCGAGGCGCUGUCAGAGUCGCGCGACCACCACGGCGAUGGGGGUUCCGAAAGCCAACAGCCGACAGAGGCGAUCGCCGUGUACGGGAAGAGCGGCGGAGUUGUGGCGCAGGGACGCGCGGCAGCGGCUGUGGCGACUUCGUCGCCGGCAUCAUCGACGGCGACCCGCAGGAAGGCGUUGUCCCUCAGUGACUACGACGACUACGAGGCCAAGGUGACCGGCGACCCGCUCCCGUCGCCCGGGGCGUAUGACUGCGACACCGAGGCAUGCCGCUGGCAGAUACGCCUCGUGGACGAAAAGCUCAACGCCACAGUGAACCCGUGCGUCGACUUCUACUCGUACGUCUGCUCGCAGGCGUGGGAGCUACACGGCGACCUGCCGUACAGGGCCGCUGGAAAGGCAUUCUUGAUCAAGGAAGUCACCAGGUAUCUCUUGGAUCACAUGCGCGCGCUGAGGACAGCGGUUGCAGAAAGCGUCGGUCCCGGCGAGCAGCGCAACUUCCUCGAUCACUCCAGCAUCGUGCUGAGCCUAUGCCUCGGAAAAACGGUUGUUGCCAAGGGGGACGCGAUGUGGGAUAGCAUUCAAGGUAUGCUCCGCGAUGUUGGUCUCGAAGGCUGGCCGUACGUCGACUCGCCGCUGCCAUUCCAGCUCGACCACGUCCUGAGGCUCAUCGAUCGACAGCUGGCCGUGUUUCCCAUCGUCUACGUGUCGCUUCGGAAGGCCUCAGACACCGGUCCCUACGUGCUCCACGUCGAUGCGCCGCGGGAAUUCCUUCUCGUGCAAUACGAGAUGCAAAAGGGUUCCGAGUCUCUGCCCUACAAGGAGAUCGUUCGGCGGACGCUAACCCUAUGGAAGUCGUUGCCUCGAAGUAACGCCAUGGCCACGGACGUCGUACAAUUCGAGGCUCAGCUCCUGGAGGCGUCUAAGCCAGCCUACAGCGGGGCGUGGGAAGACAAGGUUUUCCGAACGGUGAAAAACUUCCCGCCGUUGCCCAUGUUUCGCGUAGAUGCAUACCUCCUUCACCUUCGCGGAAGGCCUAACGACAGCGUAGUGGUCCUCCGUCCAUCUUACUUCAAUAAACUUCCGAGCGUAAUGCGUAAGUCGAGUCCCCAAACGAUCCUCAACUUCCUUGGGGUCCGGGUUGUCGUGCACGUGGCUCCUCUACUGUCGCCGGCAAAGCUACCACAGGACUUGCUCCGCAUGGGUUACCCAAGUUUCCAACACACCGUGGACCCAAGGACCCAGAGCUGCUUCCAUCUGGUCAACAGGCUGUUCCCACACGGCUUUCGGUGGAUUCUGCGAGAGAUCGUGGCAAAGACCACCGACCUGGACCUCCAGUGGGCCGCUACGGUGAGACAUGCGAUGUCCUCGCUUGCGCGUACCUUUCGUACGGGUACCUCCUGGAUGGAGAGCGAAGACCUUUCCAACACAUUGAAGUGGCUCAGGGUUCUGCGCGUGGAUUACUUGGCUGGCAAGGAGAGCCGAAAAAAAAUCGACCGCUACUACGCGAUCGCGAACACCACCUACUACACGGACAACCUCGUCGGCUACUACGGCAGACUUCUCGCCACGUCGCUUCAGAGGUACUGGGACUCGAGCAACGAAGGCGCCAACUACGACGCUCGAUUCGACGGCCGCUCCACGGACCUGGACGCCGCUUGGACGCGGUCUCUGGAGUCGAAUUUCACGAUCUACCUUAAGUCCAGCGGCGUGGCGUCCGGGUCGCUGGUGACGCGAGCCGAUCUCCCUUCCACGCUGUACCCUCUCCUGUCGCUCGACGUGUCCAGGGCGCUGCUCCUGUCCUCGCUGGACGAAACCCGUUGGUCCAGCUGGAGUCGAGACCGGUUCGGCGCGCUCAGGAGCUGCCUCGUGGAGCGCUACAAGAGCGCCAUCCAAGCGGCCAACAUCCCCCUGCCCAAGAACAGCGUGAACGACUUGUUCGAGCAGAUAUUCGCGGACAACGCCGUCAUCAAGCCCCUCAUGGUGGCAUUCCGGCGGUUCUCGCACGGAGUCCCAUUCGUGCCGGGCCGCGCAGCCACCAAACUUACCGCGUUGAAACUGUUCUUUAUCAACUACGCGGCAGGAUUUUGCGCCACGAAGAGCGAGGCGAUGCACGCCCGCGAACACAUGCGCUACCGACUGAGCCUGCCGCCGCGCGUGCGCGUGAACCUCGCACUACUGGACUUGAAGGAAUUUCGAGACGCGUUCUGCCCGAAGCAACCGACGACGACUCCCUGCCCCGUUUGGAACGACGAUGCCGACGGUAGCACCUGGGAUUCGCGUAGGCGCGGACUUCGGCGAAAUCUAGAUAAAACGGGCAAGCGCUAAUACUUGUGGUAGUUUGAAGGGUUCCAUUGUGUAUUUGGCGCUAAUACAUUUAGAAUGCGCGGAGUAGAGGAACGGCACCAAGGCGGCGGUGACUUAGUUCAUUUCUGUAGUAUUUGUUAAUUGUGUUCCUUUGUCAUUUCAAAUCAUCUGCUGUGCAGCGGGAACUAGAUUGCGUCAUCAGUCAUUAAAUUCGUCUGCAUACA